AUGGACAGCCUUACCUUGCCCUCAGAUGAUGUCCAAUCCCAGGAACUCAAACGGUGGCUCCUUCGCCUGAAGUAUUCAUUUAUUCUUCGCCAACGGCGUGCAGGCAAAUUUCCUAAACGACGACCAAAGCAGCUCAAUACAUUCAUUUCGAACCGUUGCCUUCACCUCAAUGUCCUCCUUGGCUUGGCGGCAUCAGCCUAUUUCUUGUCUGGCAAGAAUCCCACACUAGACCAGUUAAUUCAGGAAAGUGGUCUUCAGUCAGCUGAUCAAAUUUUCUCCGAGCUAGGCCGAUCAGUUAAAACUCUCAAGGCUAGUGUAAUAAAGUCCGUCUUGCGACAGCGGGGGGUCUUCUCGGAAUCGGCCCUGGAAAGACAAGACCUAGAGGCGCUUGCCUCACGAUCAGGUACUUUUUCUUUUGCAGACAAGCCAUAAACUCUCGCCAUCCCUAUCACUCACCCUUAUCCUUGUGCUUCACCCACAGGCGAUAUUAGCAGACAGGAAGCACUGUCGGCGCUCUCUGCCGAUGCCCGCUUGCAGCAGUUCAAUUCCUCCUGCGACCCCGACUCACGUCUAUACCAGGACCAAUUUCUCUCCUCAACAACGCGUGCGCCCUCUGUAACAUCUCAACCGACAGUUUGCCCCUCCCAGCCUUCAUUUCCACCGAGGACAGUUAUAUUUGACAGCGUUAGUUUAUUCGUUGAGCGAAUUGAAGACAACAGACAAAGCGUUUGGAUUCUUUCCGUGAAAAAUUCCGCAGCUACUCAACGGUGUUCGACCUCUUUUGUGCAUGGACGGCAACGGACUACAUGCUCAAAGACCGGUGAAUUAUCGUCUCCAGUCACUCCCACCACCUGGGGUCAUCUUGUGCGCCGUUUUGCGGCCUUCGAAGUACGCUUCGGGAUCUUGUUGUGUGACAAACUCGAUGAGUAAGUACUCAUCUUUGUCUGUCUUUCGACAUAUCCAACCACAGGAGAGUCGACUUUUCGUUUGCCAGUUUUUUUCGGUAGGCACAUGAACUCUGUAAAACAUCACGAGUUGACUCGGAGGUCAAGACUUAGCAAUGGCGGUCUUCGCCUCACCUUCAUUGUUAAGACUAUUUUGCACAAAUUCUUCUGUGUAGUUCAGCCGUUUGGAAAGAAUCGCCUCAGAAGAUAGCCGUAAGUAGAAGUAAGAAAAUCCUCAUCAGCCAUUCCUAUUAAUCAAAAUUAGUCACUAUGACAGAGACUUCCGCUGGGACACGGAUGUCGCUAUUCUUCUUGCCCUAUUAGUUACCUGCCGCCAUUUAACCUCCUGUGAUGGCUUUAACCUGACACUCCAGGGUAACACGAAGCUAGCGGAUCCAUUACCACCUAAAAUGGAUAAAGUUUUACUUUUGUAUUGACACUUCAAGCUACAUUACAAGUGCUAGAAGCCGGGGCUUGAGUCUUGUAGGUGAACUCCGUCCUCUGUUGCAAGUUGAUUUACUUUAUCAGGGUUGACCCUGCCAGCAUAUCGAAUUUACUCUCUGUUAAUCUUGUCCUUUGUCGGAGGCAGUGAGGCCCUAAAACGGAUCGGCGGCUCUUGGUAUCUGACAUCUGUUUUUUGCUUCUAUUUCCAUUUCCCUUCCAUGGUUCGUCACAUCUUUCACUUUUCAGUAUUUGCAAGGACCACGCCUUCUCAGCCUCCAACCUCAUACUGGCUCUGCCGAAUUCCAUUGGUAAUGGACGACACGCAGUAGAGUUUCACAGAUUCAACUUUCCCACUUCGUCGCCGACGACUCUAUGCCAUGAUCUGUCAAUUGAGGGAAGGAGAGUUUGCAUCGGCCAAGCGGACCACGUAUCCAGAUGGCUUGAAGAGGUCCUUUCCCAGCGAGUUUCACUCCUGACUUCUCCUACUCAGCUCCUUCCUAAGCCUGGUACUCCUCCUUCAAUAAAGGGGACAUUUUGGCCCGACUUUAUGUGGCAAAAACCCCAGCCGUUGCAUUUAGUUUGGGUGCCCGGCGUGCGCCUACUCAACCGCACUUAUCCGAUCCACAGUGGACAACAGUCUAUCGCAUUUCGUCCACCUCUCGCAUUCUCAGCACUCGCCGUCCCACAUAUGGAGAGGUCACGUCUCUGGCGUCUGGAUAGCCACGAUGUGCGCUUUGCAGAGAGCAAGUCGCCUUUUCAUGAGGACUGGCCGAUCUCCAACCAGGUUGCAUCAUACUCCCAAGUUUUGGCACAGUUGGGUUGCUCUCGCGUCAACCUCAACGGCCACGCCGCUUUUGUUCUGAUUACACCCGAGGGAAAGUGCCAGCUUCUUAUCCCAUCGUUGUCAGACAAAAUGUAUCUGGUCUAUUCUCGCAUGAACGCCCUACUCCACUGGAAUUUUCCGUCUACAAAUGACGUAUUUAUUGCUGGCCUGCUUAUCUUAAACUUUGUACUUGUUCUGCGUUCCCUUCUCAGCCUGACCAUCUUUAUUCUCCACAGUAAAUUCGUGCAUAAUUUCUGCCAACAUGUUGGCGCAUUCAUCCCUUGUCGUCUUUUUACCAAGAAACCGAAGGCUCGCAAAAUGGUGAGUCCUACAAUGAGGGCUCGAGUUUGCCUAAUUUUGAACGUUGUAAAAACUACGUUUGCGGGCUGGAGCAACUAUGCACCCACAACCGAUGCGCCUCCGACGUCGCAAGUUACACCAUCGACAGAAAACAUGAGCAGCCUCACUUCACUGGCAUCCCUUUGGGCGAAUGCACUGGUCGUCCUUGUUUUUCAACUUUUCUUGGCCAAUUUGCUCUUCCUCUUGGCUGCCCUCCCUGUAGUUAAUAUCAUGGGCCGCGCCCUGCCCGUUGUUAGUGUCCUGCUCAGGCUCCUUCGCGGCUUUGUAUCGUCGUUCAAUGUGUACGGCUUGUACAUUGACCUUUCUCUGUACUGCCUUUUGCGUAUGGCGCUGUAUACAAUCGUCGCGUCAUUGGCAAUCAAUGUACUCUGCACCUUUGUCAUUCACAAGCUUUAUGACGUUCUCUUUAAAUAUCAGUCAACACGACAUUUCUCCGAUUCGCAACAACGGACUCUUCGUGCUCCUUGCCUAGCGAAACUCUUCAGAAUGAACUAUCUUUCUGCUGCCCUUAAUUCCCCGGCCUCAUUAGCUCGCUAUCUUGUCCUCUCUGACGCCGAGUUUACUAACGAACCACCCAGCUCCCCCGGUUCUUCUGACACUGAUCUCUCUUCAGGCACAGCCGGGCUCUGCAAGUCCUCGCUGGCAAGUGUGAGAGUGUCUGAGGCUGCGAGACUGUACAAGAAGGCCAUGGAGUUGGAGCGAGCGGUAGCAGGAUCGUCAGGCCACAUUUUGGACGCCACAGAUACAGAACAGAUUCUGCUUCUUCUACGCUCACAAAACACCACUGCUCACCAGAGUAGCAACGGUCAGUUGAACGCGCCAAUGCCAUCUGAGCCACCAGCUAAGAUUUACACCUGGAAGUUUUCCGGUGUAGAAACAACUGAGCAACCUGCUCGACCAGAAAGAGACUGCGUCCCUCCACAACAGGAUUGCACUGACGAACUGCGUUUCCCCUGCUUCCAACCGCAGAGGCAUCUCUGGGAUGAUGAACGAUAUGACGCCGAGUCGGAGGAUGAUGAAGCUGCAGUUGUUGGGGCUGGCAGACAGGUAGUUAGACACCGACACAGAAAUCAGACCGACGGUCGACAGCGCCAGUCAUCUCCCUUCUCAUCCUCCUCGUCCUCGACUGACGACGAAAGACGGCCAUCUGUAUUUGAAUUGGGAGCUGCUGAGUCUGACUCUGCCCAAAACAGAAUGGUUGGAUGGCCAAGUUGGGUAGUGCCCUGUGACUGCUGCGUGGUCUGUUGGCGUGAGUUCGAGCCCGAUACCGAACUGGCGGCACUUUCUUGUGGCCACGCCUUCCACUCACCCUGCGUGAAGCAGUGGCUUGACACUGGUCGACUCAUUUGCCCCGUCUGUCGCUGGCCAGCCAAUGUUUCGCACCAACAGCGGGAACGUCAGCUCAUUGGCCAGUUGGUUAAGUCUCUCAGGAGUUGUGCGCGCGUCCCCAGACAUGCCUCAUCUGCAUCUGUAUCUUCAAGUUUGUCUGUCCCGCUCUGA